AUGUACAGCCUCGUCAGAGUCGCCCAUGACUGGAAUUACAUGUGGGUCCCGGGCACUAUGCAGCAGCAGUGCUCAUCAAUGUCCUACUUUGACCGGGAUGAUGUGGCCCUCCCCCACUUCUCCAGGUUCUUCAAAGAUCAGUCCCGGGAGAAGCAGGAACAUGCAGAGAAGCUGCUGAAAUUCCAGAAUCAGCGUGGAGGCCGAGUCCUCCUCCAGGAUGUGAAGAAGCCUGAGAGGGAUGAGUUGGGUAACAGUCUGCAGGCAAUGCAGGUUGCCCUGGAUGUGGAGAAGAAUGUGAACCAGAGUUUGCUGGAUCUACACCAACUCGCCACAGCCCAGACUGACCCUCAUCUGUGUGACUUCCUGGAGACUCACUAUUUGGAUGAGGAGGUGGAGAUCAUCAAGCAACUCGGGGACUACAUCACCAACCUGAAGCGCCUGGGAGCCCCUGAGAAUGGGAUGGGAGAGUACCUGUUUGACAGGCUCUCCCUGGAGCCAACUGCAGUUGCACCCCCUACCCGGUUAAAUCCCUCUUGA